UAGGCGAGUGCCAAGGCCGACACCCGCACAAGGAGCCACUAAGCGCACCGUCGAAAAAAAGAUUCACGAUUUGUCCGCAAUAUCAGAUAGACCCUCAACGGCCAUCAUCACCUUACCGAACCCCGAAGUUCAGGUCUUGAUUGGCAUCCAGCCUCGCUUGCGCAUCUCAAUCCCACCGGUCUCCCCACCGUUCAAUUACAUUCAAGAUGUCUUUCCAGAAGCCCGAGAAGGAUUUCGGCGAGGGCCCUAAGGUCCACAAGAUCCGUAUCACCCUUACCUCUCGCAAGGUCGCCUCCCUCGAGAAGGUGUGCUCGGAGCUGAUCGACCGUGCUCGCUCCAAGUCCCUCCAGGUCAAGGGUCCCGUCCGUCUUCCCACCAAGACCCUUCACAUCUCCACCCGUAAGACCCCCAACGGUGAGGGUUCCAAGACCUGGGACAAGUACGAGAUGCGCAUCCACAAGCGUCUCAUCGACCUCCUCGCCCCCACCGAGACCGUCAAGCAGAUCAUCAUCAACAUCGAGGCUGGUGUUGAAGUUGAGGUCACCAUUGCUGCUUAAACAGUUCCAUCCUGGAACCGUGACAGGGGCGGCGCGGACGAUGUGCUCGUCUGGCCAUGUGGUAGAUGUUCUGCUUCAGGGCCCAUGCUAGGCCAACGUCGAUACCCGCCAGUUCCUGGCAUAAAAAUGAAAAAGUUCAAAAAGCAGUAAAGCUGGAUUGCUUGGAA